GUUCUUCAAGAUAAUUCUCUCGCUAUAUUAUAUUUUAAAUUUAUACAAUUUUAUAAAUUCUUCUUUUCGUAAAUUUUCCUAUUAUUAUUGCAGUUUAUAUAUUGAGUUAUAAUUAUGAACAAUCUUGAAGGCAAGGAUUUGGUAGCAUUGAGGGAAUCGAGCAGGACUGAUAGAGAUGACACUAAUAGAAUCACAGGGUCAAUACGUUUAUUUGAGGCCUCAAAGGAAGGAUCCGUAGCGACCUUGAAUGCCUUGAUAAAAAAUGAUCCCUUGAUCUUGACUAGAAUUUCACUCACCACUUCCACUGAAUCUCCCUUACACAUAUCAGCUGCGCUCAACCACCUCGAUUUCACUGUAGAGCUUCUGAAGCUGAAGCCGCAGCUUGCUUCGGAGCUGGACUCCUUAAGACGCUCACCUCUUCACUUGGCUGCCGCCGAGGGGCACGUGGAGAUAGCCCGAGCCUUGUUGCGUGCAAAUAAAGAUGUUUGCUUUGUUAAAGACCAACAUGGAAGAAUCCCUCUCCACUAUGCUGCCAUGAGAGGUCGCGUGGAUGUGAUUCAACUUCUGGUUGAUGCCCAAAGUGAGUCGGUUUUUGAGGUGCUUCCCAGUGGAGAAACAGCUCUACAUUUAUGCGUUCGGCAUAACCACUUGGAGGCUCUGAGACUGUUGGUGGAAGCCUCGGGUCGUGACACUGACAACGCCAUGUUCCUCAACGCCAAAGAGCAUGAAACUGGGAACACUGUUUUGCAUUUAGCAGUCACGCUGGGGCAAUCUGAGACUGUAGAGUACUUGCUUUCGAUCAAUGGGGUGGAAAAAGACAGCGUGAACAACGAACGAGAUGAACGAGAUGUGAAGUUGCCCAAAAAAUCAUUUAAAAGCCGGUGGUUCCAUCCGAUUCUUAAGCGCUUAAAGAGUAAAAGGCUGAAAGAUGUAGAAGGAUCAAUCAUGGUGGUGGCCACCUUGAUCGUGUCAAUGACAUUUCAGGCCACAAUUAACCCUCCAGGCGGAGUCUGGCAACAAACGUACAACACAACCAAUGGCGUUGGAAAUCAUUUUGAUUGCCAAAAUCGCACAUGUUUAGCGGGAACCUCGGUACUAGCACAUAUGGACUACGACAGCAGCGAUUAUUUAUUAUUCUUAUGGCUCAACAGCAUGGCAUUCCUGACUUCAGUCAGUAUCCUACUUCUGAUUAUGGUGGGAGUACCUAUCAAGAAUAAGGUCUGCAUCGGGCUCUUUAAUUUGGUCUUGUGUGUCACCUUGGCAUUUGUGGGUUUCUCUUACUUCUUAGCCAUGACAAUGGUGAAUCCCGCUCAUAUUAAUAAAACUGUACUCUCUUUAUUCGUAUUUGUUUUGGUUUGGUGUGGGAUAUUUCUGCUUUGGGGGGCGUGGUUCACAAUUCGCUUAGUUCUUAGGAUGCCAAAAUGUUUGCGCGACGGCAAAAACUUCAUCAGUCGUAAAUGGCAGGCAUGAUUUGGUAGUUCUCGUGCAUAAUUAAAUUCAAAUAUAUAUUAGAAAGAAUAAGGUGUCUAAUACCACUUUGGUAGUGAUUGGUGUAAUUAAAUAUAUCAAAUAUAUAUGGUGGGAGUCAUGUUAAAGAUUAUUGAGCACUAUUAGUGUCAUCAAUCCGUUUUUUUUUCUUCGUUUAAUCUUUCUGUCCCUUGAAUGUUGUAACUUCAUGCAUGAGACGUACUUUUCUCCAAUUUACUUUUGGUUCUCUU